UUCCCCUGGUUCACACACUUGCCCUCACUCCUGUCAUCGAUGGAGACUUCCUCCCAGACGUACCAGAGAAGCUCUUUGCCAACGCUGCUGACAUUGACUAUCUUGCUGGGGUCAAUAACAUGGAUGGACACUUCUUUGCUGGCAUUGAUUUACCUUCUAUCAACCGCCCACUUGUGAAAGUCAAUGCGCAGGACAUCUAUAAUUUGAUCAAAGGACUUACUGUGGACAGAGGUGAGCGUGGAGCCAACCUGACCUACAAUAUCUACACAGAAGCGUGGGAGGAGAAACCAUCCCAGGAGGUCAUGAAGAAGACAGUGGUGGACCUGAUUACUGACUACAUCUUCCUGGUUCCCACACAGUGGGCCCUGAAUCUGCACCUCAAAAAUGCCCAGAAUGCCAAGACAUACAGCUACUUGUUCUCCCAGCCCUCCCGAAUGCCCAUCUACCCAAGCUGGGUAGGGGCAGACCAUGCUGAUGACCUGCAGUAUGUGUUUGGGAAGCCCUUCACCACCCCCCUGGGCUACCGGCCCAAGGACAGGACUGUCUCAAAAGCCAUGAUUGCUUAUUGGACCAACUUUGCCAGGACAGGUGAUCCCAACAAAGGAAAUUCAAAGGUGCCCGUUAACUGGCCGCCCUAUAGCAAUGAUGGAAGUUACUACCUGGAAAUCAACAACAAGAUAAACAAGAACUCUGUGAAGCAGAAUCUGAGAUCUCAGUUUGUGAACUUCUGGGACUCAGUCUAUCAGAAGCUGCCACAGGUUGCCAACACCUCCCUGACCGAGGAACUGCUGUGGGGUUAA